AUGCGAACAUACCGAAAUCGCCAACCCACGACGAGCGCCCGGAGUAUUAGUCCAUCGACAAUCCUCUGCCUUCCUUUCUCGAGUCCCUUUGGUUGGAGCGUCGACAUACUAACCACCGCCAAAAUGCCUUCGGAAGCCGGUCACAGAUUAUACGUCAAGGGACGUCACCUCAGCUACCAGCGUAGCCGUCACGUCACCCACUCCAAGACGAGUCUGAUCAAGAUCGAGGGAGUUGACGACACCAACGCCGCCAACUUCUACCUCGGCAAGAAGAUCGCCUACGUCUACAAGGCCCAGAAGGAGAUCCGCGGUUCCAAGAUCCGCGUCAUCUGGGGCAAGGUCACCCGCCCUCACGGCAACUCUGGCGUCGUCCGCGCCAAGUUCUCCAACCCCCUCCCCACCCGCUCUUUCGGCGCAUCCGUUCGCGUGAUGCUCUAUCCCUCGUCGAUUUAA